UCCUCAGAACACCUGGAUGCAUCGGAUGACUCUUCUGAUGAGGAUGAUGAAGAGUACAGUGAAUAUGAGGAUGACGAGACCACGACAGUCACUGUUUUUCCUGUAUCCAUACCAGUGGUUGCUGAUGAUGAUUCAAUAAUCUAUGAUUUGUGGGGAUAUAACGACAUUCCAGACGGGCCAUAUACAGAAGACGAAAUCACAAAUUCCCCGUCAUCAACCACGUCUGAGGAUCCAAAUACCACACACAGCGUUUCCACAGCCACACAGCCAAUGACCACAUCCAGACUCUCCACGCCCAGAUUCUCAGUGACCAUGCAUUCAACAACCACGUUCAGCUCCUCAUCUACACAGCCAUCGACCGUAUCCAGUGCCUUCACCACUACUCAGCCAAUGACGACAUCCACAGCCUCAUCAACCAUGCAACGAGCAACCACAUCCAGAAAGUUAUCGACCGCUAAGCAGAAAACCACAUCCAGUGCCUCCACAAUGCAGCCAAGGACCACAUCCAAACCCUCCACGAGCACUCAGCAGACCACAAAAACUACAACUAUUGAGACAACAACCACUUACAGGGCCUCUACAGCUGUGCAGCCAAUGAUCACAACCAGUGACUUCACCAAUACGCAGCUGAAACCCACAUCCAGAGACUCCACAACCAGUCAGCAGGCAUCCACCAGAUCUAUGAUAACCCAGGCAAAAACCACAUUUGCAUCUGCACAGCUACCAAACCCAUACAGUAUGUCACUGACUACUCGGCAGAGGACCACAUUCACCAGAUCUAAGACCACUCACCCAAGGUUCACAUCCAGAUACUCAACAUCCACUCAAAAGAAAACUACAUCCGGUGUAUCUCUCACUACUCAGCUAAAGUCAACAUCCAGUGCCUCAACAACAACUCAGCACUCAACCACAUCCAGUGCCUACAUGACCACUGAGCAGACAACCACAUCCACCAGCUCUCCCACCACUCAGGAGACAAUUACAUCUGCAUCUACACAGCCACAAGGCACAUCCAGCAUGUCAUCGGCCAUGCAGCAGAAGACCAUAUUCAUGGGAUCUAUGACCACUCAGCCAAAGGACACAUACGGAAUUUACACUUCCACUCAGCAGACAACCAUAUCCAGUGCACCUAGAACCACUCAACCAAGGACUACAUCUGGAUUGUCCACUUCCACUCAAAAUACAAUCGCAUCCAGUGCAUCUAUGACAAUGCAGUGGAUGUCAACAUCCAGCACCUCCACAGCAACUCAGCGGGCAAUUACGUCUGCAACCACUGAGGAGACAACCACACCCACCAGAUCUCUGACCACUCAAGAGACAAUUACAUCUGCAUCUACGCAGCCACCAAGCACAUCCAGCAUGUCAUCGACCAUGCAGCAGAAGACCUCAUUCAGGGGAUCUAUGACCACUCAGCCAAAGGACACAUACAAAAUCCCCACUUCCACUCAACCAGCAACCAUAUCCAGUGCACCAAUGACUACACAGCUGUGGUCAGCCUCCACUGUCUCCACAACAGCUCAGCAGACAACAAUGUCCAGUGCAUCUACAAGUACUCCGCCAAGCACAAAGUCUCCUCAAAAUACAACCUCAUCCAUUGGAUCUAUGAUCACUGAGCCUAGAAACAUGUCCACUCAAAAGGCAACCAAAUCCAAUGCACCUACAACGAUGCUGCUGGCGUUAAUAUCCAGCUCCACCACAACUCAACAGGCAACCACAUCUAGCCCAUCCAAGACCACUGAGCAGACACCCAUAUCCACCAGAACUUGGAUGACUCAAGAGACAAUCACAUCAGCAUCUACAGAGCCACAAAGCACAUCCAGCAAGUCACUGACCCCACAGCACAGAACCUCAUUCACAAGAUCUAAGACCAGUCAGACAGCGACCACAUCCAGAUCCUCCACAUUGACUCAAGAGACAACCUUAGCCAGUGCAUCUUGGAUGACUAAGCCAAGGACGACAUCUGGAUCCUCGAUUUCCACUCAAAAGACAACCAUAUCCAGUGCACCUACAUCAACACAGCUAAAGUCAACAUACAGCGCCCCCACAACAACUGAGCAGGCCACCACGUCCAGUGCAUCUACAACCAUUCUGCCAAAGACCACAUCCAGGUUUUCCACGGCUACUCAAAUGACAACCAUAUCCAGUGCAUCUACGACUAUGCAGCUUAUGUUAACGUCGAGGGCCUUCACAACAGCUCAGCAGGCAACAAUGCCCAGUGCAUCUGCAACCACUCAGUCCAUGACCACAUCCAUAUCCUCCACAACCGCUCAGCAGGCAGCCACAUCCACCAGAACUCCAAAGAGUCAGGAGACAAUUUCAUCUGCGUCUUCACAGCCAUCAAGCGCAUCUAACGUGUCAUUCACCACUCAGCAGAGAACCACAUUCACCGGAUCUAAGACCGCUCAGCCAAAUACCACAUCCGGAUUCUCCAGAGCUUCUCAGCAGACAACCACAUACAGCAUAUCGAUGAUCACUCAGCCGAGGACCACAUCCACUCAAAAGACAAUCAUAUCCAGUGCCUCAACAACAACUCAGCACUCAACCACAUCCAGUGCCUACAUGACCACUGAGCAGACAACCACAUCCACAAGCUCUCCCACCACUCAGGAGACAAUUACAUCUGCAUCUACGCAGCCACCAAGCACA